ACAGCAUUUUCGCGGUCAGCGGCUCGGCAGCAACACUGGCAUCUAACCGGUCUCUCACUCAUUCGGAAUCAGCCUGACAGCUGCCAGUUUCAGAAUGGAGGUGGACCUCGGUGGUAUUUCCAGGACAACCAUGCCUGUUCUGUCUGCACCUGCUGUAGAAGUAAACUGUCUGAGUAAAACAGAGCCUGAGAAGCGUCGCAGUUCCAGCACCCCAUGCUCUCCUGUAAAGCAGACUGUGCCUAGCUAUCAGAUUCUUCACAUGGACACCAAUUACUUGGUUGGCUUUGCUACUGGUGGGGAACUGUUAAAAUUGGCUCAAAGAUGGUCAGGUAAUGAGCCAGAUGCAGCAGAAACUUUGGCCAGUCAACAUACUAAGCAACAUGAUGUAGGAUUGUCAAGAAGUUCUCGCAUCUAUAAAACGAAGAAUCGAUAUUAUCAACCAUAUGAGAUCCCAGCUGCAAAUGGUAGAAGACGGCGGCGAAUGCCUAGUUCAGGGGAACAAACCAUCAAGUCACUAUCUUUUGAAUCCAGCAAAUGUCUACAUGGACCUUUGCCAAUUUGCCUCAUCAAAGGAAAGAGGGCCCAGUCAAAAUCCUUGGAUUACCUAAAUCUGGAUAAAAUGAAUAUUAAGGAAUCAGCGGACACAGAGGUACUGCAGUACCAGCUACAACAUCUCACACUUAGAGGGGAACGUAUGUUCAGCAGAAAUAAAACUUGAAAAUAAAAUUAAUUGCUUUAUUCAAAACGCACAAGGAACAGCACUGGGCUUAUGGAAGUCAGUGUGAUACUUGCCCGAAUAUCAUUGGGACUGAGGGGAGUGGAUGAACUGGACAACCUGAUAGGUGAUAUUUAACUUGCUUGGUGGAAUAUUGAUUCUAUACAAACUGUACCGGGCUAUGAAAUAAGUUCUCCUUCUCAUAGGAUUAUUGUGGGUUUAGAUAGUGUCUGUGGAAUAUGUUCCAUCCCAGAAUAUGUUCCAUCCCAAUUCUGGUAAAUGGUUAAAAUUGUCACCUUUUUGU